AUCUCAAACCCCUCUUUCUUCCCUGUGCUUGCUACCAAUCACAACUGACCACCCUCACCGGUCGUCGGUCAUCGCUCCUCGGUCACCGUCACCGGUCUUCCCCAUCAAAACCCCACCACCCCAAUCCACCGUAACGUAAUGCUCCCCAGAUCUCCUUCAGAUCCACUCCUCUAAAUCAACAAUCCAAUCCAAUCGAAUCGAAUCGAAACAAAUUCACCCUGUUCCAAUUCAAUCCAUUCGAUUCGAUCCAAUAACAAAAUGUCGGCAAUCAAACCCGCAACAUCCUCUCGCUUCUUCACCAUCGGUCUCGUAACAUCAUGGUACUCAUCAAACAUCGGGGUUUUACUCCUGAACAAGUAUCUCCUCAGCAACUACGGGUUCAAGUACCCGAUCUUCUUAACCAUGUGCCACAUGACGGCGUGCGCCUUGCUCAGCUACAUCGGGAUCGCGUGGCUGAAAAUGGUGCCGAUGCAGACCAUUCGAUCUCGUGUUCAGUUUUUGAAGAUCUCUGCUCUGAGUUUCAUAUUCUGUGCGUCGGUUGUGAGUGGGAAUAUCUCGUUGAGGUACCUGCCGGUGUCGUUUAAUCAGGCGAUUGGUGCUACGACGCCGUUUUUUACUGCGGUGUUUGCUUAUUUGAUUACGUUGAAGAAGGAGGCGUGGCUUGUUUAUGUUACUCUUGUUCCUGUUGUUACUGGUGUUAUUAUCGCUAGUGGGGGUGAGCCUAGUUUUCAUCUCUUCGGGUUUAUAAUGUGUAUCGGUGCUACUGCUGCAAGAGCUCUAAAAACGGUGGUUCAAGGGAUAUUGCUUUCUUCUGAAGGGGAAAAGUUGAACUCGAUGAAUCUCCUGCUGUACAUGGCUCCUAUUGCUGUUGUACUUCUGCUUCCUGCAACGCUAUACAUGGAAGAAAACGUUGUUGGCAUAACAAUAGCACUCGCUAGACAAGAUUUCGGGAUCGUUUGGCUGUUGCUUUUCAACUCUGCACUCGCGUAUUUCGUAAACUUAACCAAUUUUUUGGUCACUAAACACACCAGCGCUCUUACUCUUCAGGUGUUGGGAAACGCGAAGGGAGCGGUAGCAGUGGUUGUUUCGAUACUCAUCUUUAGAAAUCCGGUUUCUAUAACCGGGAUGGCUGGAUACACGCUCACGGUGAUUGGGGUUGUUCUUUACAGCGAAGCCAAAAAGCGUAGCAACAAGUGAUUGGUUAUAACGUUAAUUAGAAGGUUAGGGUGUCGGUCUCUUGUCUUGAGGCUUGCCAUUUUGCCAUUUAGAUUGAGGACUGUGUGGAGGGAGCUUCACACUUGUAACAGCAAUACGAAAAUAAGUCAUUAGUUUCAUGUGUUUAGGGAUCAUAGUAAAGGAUUGUAGAUUUAAUACCCUUAAAAUUUUAUGUUAUGUUUAAACUUCUUACAGAUUAUUUAUUCAAGACUGCGGUUUUAUUGGUUCU